GUUAGAUAUCGCUAAGUCGAAUUGGAAGUUCAGGAGUGUUCACGUCACCACCAACUUUUAUCCUCUCGAGACUCAAAUAUUUCCCGAAUACCUUCUUGACUUAGACUUGUCCACCGAACCAUUCUGGAAGCAGUUCGUCAUCGUGCCAAUUUACACACACAUCCCCGAAUGAGACCCGAUCCUUACUUGCGACGAUCGCAUUGACAUGAUGGGAAUAAACGCAACCACUCCUCAUGAUCAUGAUUCAGAUCUGCCAAUAAUAACGCCCAUAUGACAAUGGAAGACAGUUCCAGAUCCCAGAUCACCAGCUCGCAUCAGCCGACUGAUGCAAAUGCUAGUGGCCACAGAAAGAUCAGUUCCGGCUCCAGCAUCCUCACCAGAUUCCCCUUCCUCCGCACCUCCGAAAGCAAGUCGAGUCUGAACGACUCGCGAGCCCAGCAGCUUUCCUCUGCUUCUGGUACCAUAGCCAGUCCCGAGAAUGCCCCCGAUAAACCCGCGCGUGCCCUAGCGGCGGCAAUGUCUCAGCAGAAAACCCGCAGGCGUAGGGGGUCUCUGCGGAAGGUGGCUUUGCUCGGCCGCGGUGCCGCGCGUGAGAAACGGGACUUGAAGCCCCAACCGCAACAGCAACAAUUACCACAUCCACUCGCCCUGGAUACGUCGCAGAUUCUCUUGAAGCAAAGCCCCGUUUCUCCACCAAUACAACAGCAGCAUUCUAGCCCCGACUCCAUGACGAGUGGUCCCGUGAUCGGCCUGGGAUUGUCGGAUGCAAUGCCCCGGCCAUCAACGGAGGUCUCCGCCUCGAGGACCUUGACUGCCGUGCCGUCGUCGGCGAAACCAUUCCCUGCCUUCAACUACGACGCUCAAAUGACCAGUCCUACCAUCUCCUAUACUUCUACUACAGAUGAGGACGAGGGGCUUUCAAUGUCAUUACCUGUGCCUCCGCCCUCUCAAGCUGACCGAGGCGCCUUUUCUUCGGGUUCUGAAUCUUACUUUGGCGGCUCGUCUCACCGCACACUAUCUCCAGCGCAGUCGAUACAGCGCCGACGAUCCAUUAACAAGCACCAAUAUGCCAAAUCGCCUCUGUCCCUGCAGGGAAUCUCUACAGGGAGCCCAGCCCUAGGCAACAUAGACAGUGGCUACCAUGACUAUGGCGAAACAGAGUGGUGGGGAUGGGUUGUUCUCAUCGUCACGUGGUUUGUCUUCAUCAUCGGUAUGGGCUCUUGCUUGAACAUCUGGAGCUGGGCUUGGGAUGUCGGCUCAACACCUUAUGCGCCCCCUGAGCUCGAAGACGAUCCCACACUCCCUAUUGUGGGAUAUUACCCAGCCUUGAUGAUUCUUACAUCUAUUAUGGCAUGGGUUUGGGUAAUUGUUGCAUGGGUAGGCAUGAAGUAUUUUAGGCACGCAAAGAUAAGCGGUGAUUGAAUUUAAUAUCUAUGACUUUUGAAGAGUACAAAAUCAAGCACCUGUAGUAUUCUAUCACUCAACAGUUAGUACAUGAGUCUUUCCGGGUGAUGAAAAAUGCUCUAUCAUACCAUAAGAUAUGAAAUAUAGCAAAGAAACUGUUAUGGCUAGGCAAUUGUAUGGCCAGACAGCGUACUAUCACCCUGGCUAGUAGUUAUCCUAGUAUUCUUGCUAUAGGAUAUUAGGGGCAAUAGGCUUCGUUGUAGCUGCAAG